AUGGUGGUCACUAACCCUCAUGACUCACCCACAUUUGGCAACUCGCUCCUGUUGAAAGUAGACGGUGCCAUCGGUGCCAUGACACUCCUGCCCAAUGGCCGUGAUUGUGUUCUUGCCGGCCGGCGAGGCCUCUUCAUCAUCGACCUAGAUGACCCCUUCACACCACCACGAUGGCUACACCACAUCACAUCAUGGGAAGUAGCAGACGUGCAAUGGUCACCUCAUCACACCCUAAAACCAUCCUGGUGUAUCCUGACAUCCAACCAGAAGGCAUUGUUAUGGGACUUGCAACGACCUUCAGACAAUGCCAUUGCAAACAUUCUCCACCGUCAUACUCGUGCAAUAUCCGAUAUCAACUUCCAUCCAUUCGACUGUGAAAUGUUGGCCACUUGUUCUAUCGACACGUUUGUGUAUAGUUGGGACAUGAGAACGCCGAGGAAACCCGUGGCGCAAUGGGCCGAAUGGCGGGCGGGCUCCAGCCAAGUGAAAUGGAAUCACGAGAACCCGUUCGAGAUCGCCCUGUGUCACGACCACUCAUUCUAUAUCUGGGACACCAGAAACGGGGCAUUGCCGAUCCUCAAAGUGGACAAGGCCCACCAGGGCAAAAUCAACGGUUUGGAUUUCAACCAAGGUUUGAAGAAUGUCAUUACUUGCUCCAACGAUAAUACCGUCAAGUUUUGGGAUUUACAGAGUGGACAAGCCAAGGAGUAUAUUUCGCAUUACAACUAUUUUGAGCGACUGAAGGAAGAACUCCAGCCUAGCGUUGUGAUCAAGAUGGACUUCCCCAUCGCAAGAGCGAGACAACUACCAUUUGGGAAAGACAUGGCAUGCGGGAUCAUGCCGUUGCGUGGCGGUGAUGAUUCCGUACAUAUAGUAAACUAUGAUACCGCAUACCAUGACUACUUGUCGACUGGCACAACCCAAGUGAUUGAAGGAGAACUGGUGUACUCAUUCAAAGGACACAAUGGACCCAUGAAGGAUUUCCUUUGGCGGACCCAGCACGAAAAGUAUGAAAACUACGAGUCAAAGAAGAAGUGGAAAGAUUAUCAGUUGGUCACUUGGUCAGCAGUAGAUUACGACUUGAAACUAUGGCCCGACAGUGAAGAGUUGUACAAGUCGGUUAAUUACGAUCCUAGCUUUGUAAAUGUAUUUAAGGGCCUGGAUUCAGAUACUAGUCGGCCACAUACUCCAUUAGAAGAGCAAACCUAUAACUAUGAUACAUAUUGCGUGGAGCCAUCAGUCACCAUUGACGAUUUGACGAGAACAAAUAACGAUUUACUUAGCUCAUUGACACUUCUUCGCAUUUCCGAGAAACACAAACAGGCAGGCGUGGAAUUCACCCAGUUGAAUCAUUUAGAUUGGAUUUCCGGAGUGAGAAUGGGCCGACCAGCUCAAUCAUCCGAUAGAAAGGAUAGUACUGGCAGCUUUGAAGAUGAUGGACCACUCAAUCUUGGUGAAGAAGUCAGUAUAGUCGGUCACAAGUUCCCCAAAAUCAGAUUUGAAAAGAUUGCCGUUAGUUCAGGUGAAUUGGUUAUUAGUUUACGAGGACCCAUUCCUGACAUGAGCACCACUAUGAGCAAAGCCGAUACCUCAGAUAUGUUGUUUGCCGAGAAUACCAGUGUUGCCGGUGAGAGUACGGCCAUUUCCAAUAAGGAUAAACGAAUCAGCGUGCAUAGUGAUGAUGGACACGAGCAAUCCAUCAGCCAUAAAGAAGAAAGUGUCAAGGACAAUACCAUCAGUGCAUUAACGCCAAUAGAUGAAACGAGUGAACAAAAGCUUAUUUUCAUUAGACUCAAGGUGAAUUUUCCCAAGACUUAUCCCUAUCUUGAAGAUGUUGAUUAUAACAAAAAACGUCUGAAAUUGCUGAAGCUGAAUUUAAUCAGGUUUCACAUUGAAGUAACCCACGAAUUAACCAAGGAAAUUCGUGAUGUAAUGCAAGAGAAAUUAUCCGAGAUUUCCCAGUUUUACACUAAUAAAUACCAACGAUUCUGUCUUGAACCAUGUUUGCGUUCAUUAAUGGGCGAGAAGGUUGAACUUGACGAUGAGAUUAUGAUGGAAUCCGGUGCCAAUAACAACAAUGAGGAAUUAGAACAGGAAUCUGUGCAAGAAGUAGGAAACGAAGGAUGGGCGGAUGAUUUGAUCCGACAACAGCCUGAUUUCCGCGGAUAUUCCUCAGGCGAAGACGAUGUUGAGUAUGCUGAUCUUAUUCCCGCUGUCAAUGAUUCAUUGGUACUCACUCAGAACUUGGACUCAAUAAUGCAUCCGGCACAACGAGCAGCAGUGGCAGCACGACAAAUGUAUUAUGAUUCCACACCACAGCCCAAGGGAUGCGGCGCAGUUUGGUCAAGGUCAGGCCAGCUUGUAUGUUUCUUCAUACCGAAAUCACAAGACGAUGACCAAAACGACAGUAAGGUCUUGCAAAAAUUUAAUAUUUUCAAAUUCACCGAUCGUGGAUUCAGUGUUAAGGCCAAUCAACAGCUGCAUCAUCAUCACCAUAAACUAGAAGAAUCGAUUUCUGACUCUGACCUCGAAGGCGAAGAUAGUGAUGCUGAGCCUGGUAGCCGUCUGGAUGGUGAAUCAGGAAGCAGCUCCUCUGAAGACAGUUUUACCAAUGAUUGGGAUGAAAUACUACAAGAUGAAACAUCAUCUCGUGCGCGCGUGCCUCGCAUGUUCAAGACCACACUUGGACUCGGCAAUCGAUAUAGUGAAAGCAAAAAGUCAUCCUCAAUUAACAAAUUACCCAGCCAAGGAGGUACCCUGAACCAUAGAUCAUCGGUUAAAAGCAAGAAAAAGCCCAAAUCGCAAGUGAAGAACCGCAACAUUGUCGGUAUAUUUGAUUUUAGUCAUUUGCUUCCCGAUAAGUAUGAACUUGCCUGUGAAUAUCGUGUGCUUGGGGAUGUACCUGAGAAUUUAGCCGCUUAUAACAGUAAAGUCGCGCUCAAGUAUGGACUCAAGGAGAUUAGUGAAGUAUGGAAGAUGUUGGCAAUAUUGUUGGUCAAGAAUGGACAGCCGCUACAGAUGAACAAUGGAUACUUCCCUGAUCAGAUGAAUAACAGUACGAAACUCGCUGAUAAAUUCCACCUGUUCUAUUGGGGGAAUCAUCCGUUUGGAAGUACCUGGCUUAUCAAGGAGAUAUUUGACUAUUUUGAAAAGAGAGGCAAUGUGCAGAUGUUGGCGAUGAUGUCGUGUAUAUUAUAUGAAAACCCUAAGAAUCUAGCAAUGCCAGAUUCUCCAGCUACAGACAUUGCAUACAAUGUUCCGAUUCAUACCCCAUACCAGGCACUCCCGCAACCACCAUCAAUCGCAGCAUUAUCCCGGUUAAACCGCCAAAACUCAAACUCACUCCCACAAAGCAUUUUGCAACCUUCGUCACAAGACAAGUUUCCGUUAAUGCAACACCCCAACUCAUCCCACCUGAGCUUCAAAAGAGAUUCACUGGUAUCGGGAGUAACAUAUGAACGAUCGAUCAAUUCAUCAUUAGACGGGGCCAGUCAGGUUGGUUCUCCGGAGAGAUUUGGAUACAUGAAGAAGAACUUAUUAUUAACUGCACCUGUUGCUGCCAGUGAACAUUCGUACUCGUCCCUUAGUGAUUCUGUGAGUGAAGGGUUGCGAGCCACCAGUCCCAAUCAAAUGACCAACAAACUAAAAUUCGACAAGCGGAUGAUUAGUAAGAUGCCGGUGAAACGAGGAACAAGUUUAGGUGCUGGCCCAGGAUUAAUUAAACCGAAAAGCACAAAGAUAAGGCCACCACCUAGCGUCACGAUAGAAAUGCAGAAUGUGGAGGAAUUGGACUUGUUUGAAAAUGUAUAUUCUCGCCCAUUGCUAAGCUCGCAAGAUGUCGAGAAGAUAAGAACGUAUCGAGAGUUAUACGCGGAUAUGUUGUAUAAUUGGGGAUUGCCCGUGAGUCGAAUCAAGAUCCUCAAAUUCAACUACCCUGACAUUGACGAGGGCGAAUUAGAGACAUCACCAUUUGAUUCACACAAGUGCAAGAUUGGCUUGCGCAAGCGCAACAAACAGCUACCCCAACAAAACUUUCUUAAUGCCGUGUCUACAAUCAUGCAAAAGAAACCCAAUGCAUGGAACACGAACAAGCGCUCGAUUAUGAAAUACUGUAACUUGUGUAAUUUGGUGGUUACCAAGAACUUCACCAUGUGUAUUGUGUGCGAACAUAUCCUACACACUGACUGUGCCAUGGAAUGGUGGACUGGUGGCGCGAGUGAAUGUCCUAGUGGAUGUGGCUGUACUUGUUUAGAACAUAGUAUUUAAAAAGAAAAAUAUGCAUAUAUAGAGGCUCUAUUGACGAGAAUUUACGAUUUGAUCCUUGAAUUUGUCGUCCCAUUCCUCGGCGAGAGAUUCCAAAUACUUCACCACAUCGGAACUACCGGUAGUAUCGAUGGUGUCUUCCACUAACAAAUAUUCUUUCCCUGAUGCCGUUGUGGCCGAGCCGACUUUCUCAUUUUGUUUAACUCGGCCCAAGGCAGCGGCAACUGGCGCAUUGGCGGCGAUGUACCCUUCGAUAUUGUGAUAGGGGGAACCCAACCACCUGGCCAUGUAGAACAAAACCAACAUUCCGUAAUAAGUAAAGAAGUUCAAGUACUGGAAGAACGAGAAACUGGUGAAGAUACCCGGGUGGACAACAUACAGUUCAAUUCCAUAGUUCUGUUUUAAGCUCUUGUACGUACCAUAAUGUAACAAAUCGACGAGGCGCUUAGACCCUUCGUAAGAAGCAGGCGAUUUCACCAAUUGUAAAUCAUUAAACGAUAAAUAUUUAGGUUGAGACAUCAAGGAACUAAUCCAUAUUAUCUUGCCGCCAUUGGACAACAACGGUUUCAACUUGUGUAUUAAAUAGUAUGGACCAAACACGUUAGCUUGAAACACCAAUCCCAACCCAUCACCAGAUUUCCUUCCAACUUGCUGAAGUUUGUAUGUAGGACUAGUCACGGCCUCAACUGGGUUCUUGAACACUUCUACGGUGGCAGCGACCCAAUCAAUCCCGCUGUACACUCCCUGGGCCGCGUUAACAAAAAAGUAGUCCAAGUGCUUGUAUCGUUUAGAUAAUUCGUAGUAGGCAGACAAGACAGACACCAUAUCGGUGAAGUCUACCAACAAGUAGUCGAACUCAACUUGGCCACGUUUUUGGGGGAGUUUCUCGGUGAUGAACUUUUUGAUGUCGUUUAUCAGAUCUUUGGCUUUGGGUAAGGUUCUCGAUGUGACUAUGAGGGUAAUAUCCUUGUCUUGGGGGAGUUGUUCUAGUAAUCGAACGGCAAUGUUAAAUCCUAGGUUAGAAGAGGCACCAGUGAUUAACGCAACAGUAGAGUCUUUGAUUAAUGACAUGGUCGGGGAUAGGUGGUGAAAGCUCUCUUUUGGUAACGUUAC